AUGUCCAGUGACCUGAGAUCUAAAUUUGAAUUAGAACCAAAUCCUUUUGAAAGAUCAUUUGCAACUAAAGAAUCAUCAUUAUCAAUAAGUACAACAACUGGUCAACAAUCAAGAAAUGAAUCAAGUUCAGAAAUAGAAACAACAGGUAAUAGUUCACAUCAUUCAAAUCAAAUAAUAAAUAAUAAUCAUGUUGAUUCCAUAAGUAAACAUAGUAAUCCAUCAUCUUUUGUAAAUUUACAACAAGCUUCUCAAAAUCAACAACAACAACCUAUAAUACCACCAUCACAACAACAAAUAAUACAGGUACCAACAUCAACUAAUAAUAGUAAUGGACAACAACAGAAAUUACCAGGUAUAACACCUCCAUUAUUUACACCAGGUGGAAGAAGGCUACCACCAUUAGAUCAAACUUCAAAUCCUGGAACUCCAACUACAAAUUUAUGGAACAGUUUAAUAAAUGUAUCAAAUAAUCAACAACAACCAAGUCAUGUACCACCUCCUCCAUCAUCAAAUCAUUUACCUCAUCAACAAAAUCAACAACAACAACAAAAUUAUAAUCAAUUUAUAUCAUCAAUGAGAAAAACAGGUUUAACUCCAAACGAAUCAAAUUUAAGAUCUGGUUUAACUCCAGGUGGGUUUAAUUUUGGGGUUGUACCAGGUUUAUCAACUCCUGGAGCUUUAUUAAAUGGUCCUAUAACUCCAGGUUUAUCAAGUUUAUUAGGAUUAUCAUCUGGAAGUAAUUCUUUAAUGAUGAAUUUAAAUAAUAAUGGCAUUCAUAAUCAAGCACUUCCUUUAAGUCAACCACAAUCUCAACCUCAAAUGCAACCACAACCUCAAUUACAACAACAACCACAACCACAACCUGCUCAAAGUAUACCUGACUCACAACCUCAAAUACCAUAUCAACAUCCACCUGCUCAACCACAUGUUCAAUCAUCUUCUAAUCAUUCAAUGUAUUCGACCCAUGAGUCACCAACUAUUCCACAACAAUCGCAACCUUCGGAGAAUCAACCAAAACCUGCAAUUCCAAAUUCUAAAACACAAUCCCCAAAUCAUGAAGACAUAACUAAUAAAACAAAAUCUGAAGAAAAUGGAACUAGUGAAAAACCAACAAGAAAACGUAAAAACACAGGAACUAAACAAUCAACUACCACUAAAAAACCGAGAGCACCAAAGGUGAAAAAAUCAAAAUCAAGUACAGAAACUACAGCUAAUGAACCACCUCAAAACGAAACUGAAAAAGAAAACUCAAAAGAUAACGAAAAUAAUGAUAAAAAUGGUGAUUCAAAUUCAAAAGAUGAAAAACCAAAAUUAAAUAAAAGAAAAUCAUCAAAUGAUGAAGAAAAAAGAAAAAACUUUUUAGAAAGAAAUAGAGUUGCAGCUUCAAAAUGUAGACAAAGGAAAAAACAAUUAAUUCAAAAAAUGGAAGAUGAAUUAUCUUUUUAUUCAAAUGGUUAUAGAGAAUCAAGUGCUCAAGUUGCUCAAUUAAGAUCUCAAUUAAUUAAUAUAAAAAAUAUUUUAGUAGCUCAUAAAAGUUGUCCAUCACUAGCUCAAUAUUGUGGAGGAUUUGACAAUUUAACAAAUAUUAUACAAGAAGCUAAUUUUGCAACUGAAGCAACUGAAAGUGCUCAACAAAAUAUUAGUUCAAUUCCAUCUACUAUACCAACUACUUUGAAUCAGAUAUAG